ACUUGGCUCUCCAUUCUAUUCAAACUCUAACGUUGUCUCAACAACUUCGCGCUACAGUUUAAUUUUUUUAUUCCCAUAAAGACUAAUUAAAAUUCUGUUGAUUUUCAAAAUGGGCGCUUUUUCAUACACGGUCUUCUUCUUCGCAGUUUUAUGCGUGGCUGUGAACUCUGAUGAUCUCCAAGUUGGCACAAGCGUCAAUGGAGUUCUGGUACAUGUAGAAGCAGUGAAGUUAUCUAGUAUUCCAUUGAAAGUACGAACAAAGAAUGUCUUCUAUAAUGACAACAGCACUAUUCCCAAAGUUAUUAAGGGUAUAUCAGCGAUUGAUUUGGACAGGAGUAAGGCCAAAGCUACAAUCACCUCUGGAGGAGUUGGCGCAACCUUUGCUAACAUCAGAUUGAAGAGUCAAAGAGGAGAUGGGCUCAACUAUCAAAUACAAAUCUUCGCAUAAGGACUCCACAGUUUUAUCGAUAAAAGUGAUAUAGAACCUUUUUGUUAUACUUUUUUAUUUAUUUAUUUGGUUUCGUAACUAUUUUGAACCUAAGAAUCGAACGGUAUUUUUUAAAAUUUUAGAACUUUUGUUUUCUGUUGUUGAAACAAAUAAAAACUUUAUUACCUUUACCGAAACCCGAAAUGUAAUUUGUGUCAAUAAAUAUCUACAGACAAUUCUUGUUG